CAUAUACUCUGUGGCGGCUACGAGGAACGCCACGAAUGGAUAAGCAAGCUAAACACCACUGAGAGUAUUUACUUGCGAGUUUUGGAAGUUGUGAUGGAGACGGAGGUUCCGAGCAGCACCGGAAGCAGAUGGUCACGGGUGGCUUCAUCCCUCCCUGUCAGGAACGUGCAAGACCUCGCGGCAUGUCCUGAAGAGAUGACAGCCCAGAAUCUCGAAAGGUACAUCCGGCCGGACAUUGGAGUUCUUGUUGAGAAAUCCAGCGAGGUUCCCGUGAUCGACCUUGGCAAGCUCUUCAAUCCCCGUUUUGUGGAAGAGGAGGCUGCUCGCCUCAGGUUUGCUUGUGAGGAUUGGGGAUUUUUUCAGCUUGUAAAUCAUGGAAUAGCAGACGAGAUAAUCACAAAUAUAAGAAGUGACAUUCAGAGUUUCUUCCAACUUCCCUUGGAGGUGAAGUGUGCCUAUGCACAGGUUCCAGGAAGCCUUCAAGGCUAUGGCCAAUCGUUUGUUGUGUCGGAAGGUCAAAAACUUGACUGGUGUGACAGGUUUUCCAUCAUAGCCCAACCGCCUCAGGCCCGUGAUAUGAAAUAUUGGCCUACUCAACCUCGUACUUUCAGGAAAUCUAUUAAUGACUACUCUUCUGAGUUGAUGAAAAUUAUUGGUUCUGUUGUUCACUUCAUUGCUAAAGCAUUAAAUAUUGAUCUCAAACUGAUGGACGACAAAUAUGUGUCUCAAGUUUUGAGGAUGAAUUACUACCCUCCAUGCAUGACCAUGGCUGAAAAGGUAUUGGGCUUGUCACCACAUUCAGAUGCAUCUUUUCUAACUAUCCUUUUAGAAAUUAAUUCAGUUGAAGGCCUUCAAAUUAAAAGGCACAAUGCAUGGAUCACAGUGAAACCAAAUCCUAAAGCAUUGCUGGUGAAUGUGGGUGACUUUCUUGAGAUUAUGUCAAAUGGAAAGUACAAGAGUGUUGAACACAGGGUGACAAUAAAUGCCAAUCAAGAACGGUUAACCAUAUCAGCAUUUCAUUUUCCAUCACUUGAUGGAGUAGUUGCACCUAUGACAACCAUUACAGAAGAGAGGAUCCUGUACAAGACAAUGGGAGUAGAAGAGUAUUUAAAAAUCUUUAUGUCAAACAAACUGGAAGGCAAGAGCGCAUUGGAUCAUGCAAAGUUAUCAUAAAAGAAUGAAGAGUUCUACUAGGUGGGUCAAAGCGGUUGCUUGUAAGGAAUUAAAUCUAUACAAAGAUACGCAACUCUUCUAUGUGUUACAGAAAAUAUAAAUAUUGGUUUAUCUCUAUAUAUUUUCUUCAUUCUAUAAAAGGACAUCUUCCUGUCUA